AGUAAUUACGUAGGAGGUGGGCUGGGUUGGUAGGGGAUGGUAGGCACCGGACAUGUGGCCAGUCAUAGGGCCUGCCACACCCCACCACCCUUGGUAAAUGGGACAGUCUCAGCCCAACCCCAUGACCCUUCAGUGUUUGCACCCCCAGCCUUCAUGGCAUCCGGCAGGUAGCGAUGGGAGCAAAGCACAUUGGGUGCAUCUGCAGAGAGAAGGCAAGAAGUCCAUUUGGGGCAAACAUCAUGGUAAAAUGAAGCAGAAAUGACACAGUCAAAAGAGGACACACAAAGUAGAGAGAACAGGCAUGCUGGCCGGUAGUGAGAGGGCAAAAGAACAGCAGAUACAGGAGAGGUGGGGGCAGCUGGUCCCCAGGACGGCCCUGGACAUUGGUCCGGCAUGUGCCAGUCCACAUGGAAGAUUCCAGGAGACCUCUCUUUCCUGAAGACAGAUCUGAGUGGAUCUGAUUCCCCUGCCUGUAGCUUCCACAGCUCCUGUGUUCUAAUCUUUUCCCAGUUCUGGUGUCACUGGCUGUUUAUGGGUCUUCCUUAUUAGAUAACUCCUUGAGGCCCAUCUUGUUCAUCUCUGUAACCACAGCACCUGGCCUGUGAGGGGAACCUUGUUGGUGCUCAUUAAUGUUUGAAUAAACAUUUGUGUUUAUCACAACUCUUGACCCAGUGGCUGUGGAAUGAGUAGCAGCAAAGAUUUGAGAGUCAAUCCAUGUACCAGCCACGUGCAAGGAGGUGAGCUGGGUCAAAGAGAUCCUUUCUGGGGGUCUGGACUGGAAGACAUGAGAUGACAAGGCAGCUGGCAGUGGAAGCAGAGCCUUCAAGGACGUGUGGGAAAUGGACAAGGAGCUACGUGGACACUCUGGUCUUUGGUGUUCUCACUAGUAACAUGGAGAUGAUUACGUGGCACCUCACAGGUCUUUAUAGAGACUGCUUCUUGCCAAACUCUGCCAACGGGAACGGCAUUACUGUGACUUGGCCGGGCUGCGGCUAGUGACAGUGUGUAUUCCACAUGGGCAGCGGCCAGGGGAAGAAUGAGGAGCUGCGUCUUUAUCACCAUCUCUUCGACAACUAUGACCCAGAAAGCAGGCCAGUGAGGGGGCCUGAGGACACUGUCACCAUCACCCUGAAGGUCACCCUGACGAACCUCAUCUCACUGAAUGAGAAAGAGGAGACUCUCACGACUAGCGUCUGGAUUGGAAUCGAUUGGCAAGAUUAUCGCCUCAACUACAGCAGGGACGACUUUGGGGGCAUAGAUACCCUGCGGGUCCCUUCGGAGCUCGUAUGGCUACCGCAGAUCGUGCUGGAAAACAAUAUCGACGGCCAGUUCGACGUGGCCUACUACGCCAACGCGCUGGUCUACGAGGGCGGCGCCGUGACCUGGCUGCCCCCGGCCAUCUACCGCAGUACCUGCACCGUGGAGGUCACCUACUUCCCCUUCGACUGGCAGAACUGCUCGCUCAUUUUCCGCUCUCAGACGUACAAUGCCAAAGAGGUGGAGUUCACCUUUGCCGUGGACGACAAUGGAGAGCCCAUCAACAAGAUCGACAUCGACACUGCAGCCUUUACUGAGAACGGCGAGUGGGCCAUUGACUUCUGCCCCGGCGUGAUCCGCCACCACGACCGCAGCUCUGCGGACAGCCCCGGGGAAACCGACGUCAUCUACUCGCUCAUCAUCCGCCGGAAGCCUCUCUUCUACAUCAUUAACAUCAUCGUGCCCUGCGUGCUCAUCUCGGGCCUCGUGCUGCUCGCCUACUUCCUGCCGGCGCAGGCCGGCGGCCAGAAGUGCACUGUCUCCAUCAACGUCCUGCUCGCCCAGACCGUCUUCUUGUUCCUGAUAGCCCAGAAAAUCCCAGAGACGUCCCUGAGCGUGCCGCUGCUGGGCAGGUACCUUAUCUUCGUCAUGGUGGUUGCCACGCUCAUUGUCAUGAAUUGCGUCAUCGUGCUCAACGUGUCUCUGCGGACGCCCACCACGCACGCCAUGUCCUCGCGGCUGCGCCAUGUUUUCUUGGAGCUGCUGCCCCGGGUCCUGGGCUCCGGGUCGCCCCCAGAGGAACCCCGGGCCGCCUCGCCCCCAAGGCGGGCGUCAUCAGUGGGUUUAUUGCUCCGCGCGGAGGAGCUGAUACUGAAAAAGCCGCGGAGCGAACUCGUGUUUGAGGGGCAGAGACACCGCCACGGGACCAGGGCCGGUGAGCACAGUGGAUGCAACGGGCCAACAGGGGCAGCUGCAGCGGGGGAGGCUCCUACUGACCCAUCCUCGGUGUUGCCCCUGCCAGCUGCCCUCUGCCAGAGCCUGGGCGCCGCUGCCCCAGAGAUCCGCUGCUGUGUGGAUGCCGUGAACUUCGUGGCAGAGAGCAUGCGAGACCAGGAGGCCGCCGGCGAGGUGGGCACUGCAGAGGCCCCCACGCUCCUGGGCCUGCUGCUGGCUCUUGCAGCUGCCCUUUUAUGGACUCAGUUUGUGCUAUCCCUUCCCCAGGAGGUGUCCAACUGGGUGCGCAUGGGGAAGGCCCUUGACAACAUCUGCUUCUGGGCCGCCCUGGUGCUCUUCAGCGUGGGCUCCAGCCUCAUCUUCCUUGGGGGCUACUUCAACCAAGUGCCGGAUCUCCCCUACCCACCCUGUAUCCAACCUGAGCCCGCACCUUCAAUUUCUCCACCCAUUUCCAGUAGGAAAUAGACUCUGAAAAAAGCUGCUGCCACCACUGUAUUAUGAUCCUUUCCCACUGCUGAUAAAUUUGUAUGUUGUGAACUUCC